AUUCCCCUGUCAUCCGUUAUGCGCUCAUUGUCAGAGCCCAAUUGCUUUCGUCCACGUACCUAACUCAAUGUCGCCUCUACACAUUAGGAAAGUCAUCCACCCGUAUUUGCCCCCUUUGUGACUCUUAUGAUGAGACAGUAGAAUACUUUGUCGGAUCUUGCUCCUCUCUUGGUCACCUCCGCCAAGACUUCAUACGCAGAGUCGAGGAGUGUCUCACCGACCACCCAGAUUACAUGGAUUUGUAUACAGUUGAUGAUCCACACCAAUUUUCCUGUGCCACCCUAUAUACCCAUCAACCCGGUCUCCCUUUCGAAGUGAAUAAUAGUCUGCUCCUCAAAUCUCUCUUUUUCUACAUAAAAUUCAUGACCACCGCUCCAAUCUGAUGUUGAAUCCCUAACUUAUCGGACUGGAAUUAAUCUAUUCGUUUCUGAGAAUCUCCAAAACAGUGGAGGGAUCACCUACGAGAGAGGAGGAAAAAGGUCAUCGGGGAAACCCCGUCCUCAGUUCAAUUGCUGCCAGGGCGACUGGUCGAAUGGAAUAAUAACGCAAUGUUCGUGUGGAUGACACUUUGCAAUGCACCCUUGUUAUCCGAAGAGUGGGUCUCAUCUGCGGUUUGCUCGCUUUCUCAUCAAGCAUCAUUCCUCUCGUUAUACCGCAUCAGGGUUCCUAACACAAAAUGGUGGACUCUCUAAAGCAUUCAAUGCUAAUAAAAACAUUGGUGCUGCUAGUUUACCUCGAUGAAUAUGAAGCAGUAGUCCAAGAGUGUUCAGACGUCUGCGACUUUUACGAGUGGGGUAAAGACGCCCAGUGUCAAGGUCGCAAUCUGGAGUCCGUUCCUCAAGAGUGCAUCCAUGCAAAGACCCUUCAUCUGCAAGACAAUCGCGUGUCGAAGUUGGCUCAAGGCUCAUUCAGAAACUUCACCUGCCUCAAGUACCUGUACCUGGAGAGGAACAACAUGACGGUUGAGGUAGGAUCCUUCGAAGGAUGUUCUAUGUUGGAGAAGAUUCAUCUGAAUCAAAACCACCUCCCGAUAUUGACUCAACGUAUGCUGGAUGGAAUGCCCAAUGUCCUUUACAUGUUCCUGGACAAUGCCAGCGUUCAGCAGAUUCAACCUGAUGCCUUCGGGAAUCUGCAACAUUUGAAGUUCUUAUCCCUUGAAGACAAUCGACUAGACACACCACCUUGUGACGCGUUCGGUCCUGAUAAUUCCCUCGAGACUCUUUAUCUCUCACAGAACAACAUCUCAAAUUUGCCAGACAACUGUUUCAUGGAUUUCAGUCGCCUAACCAAGCUGUAUCUGAAAAGAAAUCCCCUCGUUAACCCGAACCCGUUGGCAUUCAAAGGUUUAGACCGACUCACGCUGUUGGACCUCCAGUAUACCAACUUGACAGAAGUUCCAACCGGUAUAUUUCAAAACGCCAUUAACAUUGAAAAAUUGUAUCUUUCCUACAACAAUAUCACGCAUUUAUCUGACCGUGACUUCAUGAGUCUGUAUAGGCUAACGCACCUUUAUCUCCAUCACAAUAAUAUAAUUGUAAUCCAAGAACAAUCAUUCGAGUUCCUGGGCUCCCUUCGUAUGUUGGAUCUUUCUUUCAACAGAAUCAACUCCAUUGCGGAGAACGCGCUUUCGCACCUCAAUAAUAUCAGAGAAAUUAAACUGCAAAAUAAUCUCUUAACAUCGGCGCGAAAUGUUUCAUUUCAGGCAUUACAAAGUGGAACCAAAUUCAACCUAGCCCUCAACCCACUGCAAUGUGACUGUACCCUGGCACCAUUUCUGGCCUGGUCUAAGGCGUCAUCAACCAAUGUCCUUGAGGAUUUGCCAAGUCAGUCAAAUCAUGCCCGAUGUUCAUCCCCUCCUGCGCUUGCAGGAAGAUUUAUCCUGAGCAUUCUUCAUAGUGACAUUUGUCCUGAAGAAAGUCAUAUAGCCUUUGAGCCACUUACACAAUCCGCCCCCGAAAUGGAAAUGGAAGAGCAGAUUCAUGUCCCUUCUGAUGUAACUUCUGCAUUUCCAACAUAUAUGGUGGUCAUCGUUAGUGCAGUGGUUAUUGUUCUCGUCAGUGUAGUCAUCAUGACUUUUGUCUUUUGUAGGAAGCGACUUUAUGGAAGAAAACAACUUGAAGAUUCCGAAACUGGAAUUCAAAUAACCCCAAACCCUCUAAAUCCCGAUGUUUUCCGUGGUCGCGGACAGGCAGCAUUGUCAUCGUCUCCACCUCCUGGGCUGAGUGAUGGCGCGAAUAGUCCAUACUAUAUUUCACUCGACGGUGAUAUCCAAUGUCAUCCCCUUCAUCAUCCUAUGCCCCCAUGCUUCUCAUCUCAGUCCAACGUAGAUGUGAUCGAUGAGCCUUUGAAGGACUUGACUCAGAAUGAUAUAGUCUACUCUAGCGUGCUACCUGAUGGAGUUCUCCAAAACAAAACCGAAGCUGACGUCAUUAACUAUACAACUGUUCUACCCGAUGAACCAAGACAAGAGCCGAGACCACCAAGUAUGACGGACGAAGAGCCUAUUGAGGAAUGGUUGAAGAAUAAUUUUCGAUUCGAUACCGACCCCAGGCCCUGCGGAAUGACUGAGUAGGUAGAGUCUAAUCCAACUGGAAAUGCUCGGUCACCUUAAGUUACAGCGAUUACACCUAAAUAGACAUGUUGGCAUCGACAUCUAUAUUGAUAAGAGUCUUAAAAAAACACUUAUAGGGUGUUAGCCGUAUAUGAAAUUCGUCUCUUGAUUUCUUCAGAUUUUUUCAAUUCAUAUGUCCUAUGCACUUUACUGUACAGUAUGUACAAGGUAAUAAGUCGGAAUUAGGCCCUACAUUAAAAUGGGAGUGAAUUCUGUUUCUGUUAUGGUAGCUCCCGUAGGAACUCGGCUAGGAGUCAGAUUCAUGUUGGUAUAACACCAAGCUGGUACAUAACCAAUUACAUAGGAAACAUUCACGUGUUAAUGGGUAACAUAGCCCCCCCCCCCCCCCACAUAUUACGUCUUAUUUAAUUAGUCAUAGUGUCUGACCUUGUAGACGAAAAGAAUUACAAUCGGGUCUUUUUAUAAAAGUGAUCGAGACAAUUAAAUGGCAGAGCGGGGAUUCGAACUCACGAAAUCACGAUCAUGGGUGUAAUCAUCGAACCAUAUAUGACCCGUGGUCAUGGUCAUGAUGGUGACGACAACGAAGAUGUUCUUUUGAAGAUCUUCAUUUUGAUCGAUGGGCAUUCGUGGAGCUUGCCGCUAAAGAUCCCCAAAUUCUUAGAUAUUAGUUUAUUCUGCUGGGCUUCUUUCCGUGCUGGUGCUGGCGCUGGCGUUCAUGGAACUUUAUUUUUAGGAUUUCUGUACAAUAAUAUGUAAGCUUUCUAUAAAAUUAAUUGUUCGGCAAAAAAUUUACGAGCAGUUGUUAUAUUCGACCAAUCAUGUACUUUGGCCCGUCCACAAAUACAGAAAUUGAGAAAACACCCAAUGUGUAUCAUACAUGAAUAUUGUUUUUAAGAAGAGAUAUUUCUAUAAUUAGGGUAGAAAUAGAAUAUUUGUUUUUAACGUAAAUUCGUUGUCAGGUUAAAGACCCAAAUAUCAGAAUACCUUUUUUUUUUCAAUGUAUAUAGUAUGAAAAUUGCUGACUUUAUCGUACGAUCUUUUUUACAAUACUUACUAACAGCUCUGCACAAAGAUGAUAGGCCUUGUUUGAGAACGUGUUCUUCAUAUAUUAUGUAUGUAAAUUUUUGUUUAAUAGGUCAUGAUCAAACACAUUUCGAUGUGUAUACGAUUUUAACAGUUCUACGUUCUUAUACAAAAUGUGUUCUUCCAGCGGAUUUGGUAUUCAUAAAUAGGACCCAAGAAUAAUUAUAAUAGUGUAUACUGGAACCUCUUUACCAUACCUUGCCAAUUUAAACCUGCAGUGUAUAUACUUACUCUUUAUUGGUGACAAACUUGGAUUAUGAAUUGUAAUCAAGAAAUUUUCAUUAAUUAUUACAGGGACCGCAGAACCCCCCCCCCCCUUCCUCCUUUUCCCAAAACCGUUUACAAAAAGGUAAAAAUUACCAUUUCAGUGUGUGUGUUUAUGUUGUAUGGUCAGGCUUCCACUUUUGACUUCUCACCCCUCCCUCAACUUUCAAAAACGUUCUGCAGCCCAUGUAUUAAAGGAAAAUGUAUUUAAUUUUCAAAUCAUCCGUAUUUUCUAUAAUCAAGUUUUUGUUAUUCGUCUUUCUUUUGUCAUAUGAGUUUUACAAAUAGUAGUGCUUUUUUACAACUUUUAUCUAAAAAGUAUAAUUGUUUAAUAAAUAGCACAUAUUUUUUUUA